GACGGGAGGGGUGGUCACUCGUGCUACAAAUGUUCGGUCAGCCGUUGAAAGAAGUCUGUUGGCAUCAAUGCCUCCAUUGACGGGGCCGGGAGUCGCCAAGAAAAGAGGACACGAUUCCUUGCCCACGGGGGAAUCGAUCCGCUGGGAAAAUACGGUGUCCUCUUUCCCACCUGGAUUUAUGCCGGAAGAGGUUGAGACAUCACUCGGAUAUUACUUUAACAGGGUGCAUCGUAUCGACAAAUGCGCUGGUCCGAUGCCCAAGUUGAGAAAGUAUGGAUCCGUAUCGGAUUCGAUGGAAGGCCAGAGUUCAGAAGCAGGACAAUCUUCCUCUGGAAUGGAUGAGUCUCAACCCUCAGACGAUUGUAACAUGGUGGACGCCGACAAUAUGGACCAAUCGUCUGAGCCGAUGACAAAGUUGAGAAAGCAUGGGAACGUGCCAGAUUCUGAGAUAGGCUUCAAUUCACAAUCAGCUGGAUCAUCUUUCGCUCAAGUGGAAAAGUCUCAGCUAACGUCGACGAGCGGACGGCCGAACUUGAUUGAUAUUGAAGACAAUCCACCACGGAGAAAUGGAAUUGAAGGUUCUAAAGAGUCUACGCAUUCUGUAUGGAAUUCGUACCGUGAGCGUAAGAAGAAGUCCGAUAAGCCGUCGUCGUCAUCGUCCGAUAACGCAUAUUCGGGUCAACCACCAGCAACAUGUGCACCGGGGUUGAAACGACGAAGGGAGGGUGGAAAUAGCGACGAUGAAGAUGAUGAAGGAUGCUCCGCACCCAAAAUUGGGAUUGCUCAGCGUAUGCUCUCCGAUUUUGAGGGUCAAACUAGUCUCAGUUGGGGACGAAUUUAAUUAGGAUGAAAUUUGAGAAAGAGGAUCUCCCAAUGGGCACGUUUGGCCGGGAUAUUUGCAUCCAAAGAGGAGAAAAUGAGCAUUAAAGUUGACAAAUUUUAGACUUUCUAAAUUUACUACGAGAUUUCUCCUCUUCGGGUGCAAUUAUCUCUGCUAAACGUAACCAUUGGGAGAUGAUGUCGCUUGGGUGAAAUUAGCAAAAGAUGUGAUCUCCCAAUGGGCACGUUUGGCAGGGAUAUUUGAAUCCCAAGAGGAGAAAACGUGCCUUAAAUGUUACACUGUCUAAAUUUACUGUG